CUCUUUGCACCAGCUGUCAGCUCGCGCUCCGAACUGUCAUCGGCUGUCAAAUCAUGUUCAUCUUCGCUCUUUCUCUUUCCGGCAAUCGUAUGGAAUUGCAGUAACACAUUUCGUGCAAGAUGUUUAUGCCCAAAGCCCAUCGCGUCCAGAUCUAUGAGUACCUCUUCAAGGAGGGAGUCCUGGUGGCUCAGAAGGAUUUCUACGCUCCGAAGCACCCGGAGCUGGAAAACAUUCCCAACCUGCACGUCAUCAAGACGAUGCAGUCGCUGAAGUCGAAGAACUUCGUUAAGGAACAGUUCGCCUGGCGCCACUACUACUGGUAUCUGACCAACGAGGGCAUCGAGUAUCUGCGCUCGUACCUGCACCUGCCACCGGAGAUUGUUCCGUCGACACUGAAGCGCGCCGCCCGAUCGGAACCACAGCGAGCUCGCGCCGGCCAGCCCGGUGGUCCACGCUCCGGCGAUGGACCGAAGGGUGGUGAGGAUCGGUCGGGCUACCGGCGGACCCAGCAACCCGGUGGUCCAGAUAAGAAGGGCGAUGUCGGCGCCGGAGCCGGAGAUAUUGAAUAUCGCGGAGGAUUUGGCCGUGGAUCAAGGCCACAGUAAGGCACGGAAUGUUUCAAUCUGUGUACAUUUAACAAUAAAAUAUCUAUGAUAUAAGAAA